GUUCGCGAAUCACUCGACAUGAUCAGACCGUUGAGUUGAAUGUCUCGGAAAAUUUUUGACAAUUAAAAGAAAAUUUGAAUAAGUGAAAAAAAAAAUUAAGUUUGAAAUUUAUUUGGUGUGAAAUUAGAUCUGCAACUAUAAUUGCGAAUCAUGCAGAGAAUAUUGACUGAAACAAUAUCCGUAAAGGAAGAAAAUGGACAUUUGAAGAAAAGUGAUGAUUUUAAAAAUGAAAAAUUUGAAGAUAAUGCCGAAAAAGCAUCAAAUGAGUACAAAUGGGAUAUUAAAUGGGUAAAUGUAAUUUUACUAUCGUACAUACAUGGAGCUGCACUUUAUAGCUGUUUUCAUCCUGUUGAAUAUUGGAGUACAGUUGCUAUUGGAUGGAGUUAUAGUAUUGUUACAGGAAUGGGAACAACUGUAGCUGCUCAUCGAUACUUUACACAUCGAUCAUUUAAGGCCAACAAAUACCUUAAAUUCUUCCUUAUUAUGUGUCAAACAAUGUCUGCACAAGAGCCUGUACUUCAUUGGGCGCGUGAUCAUAGAGUACAUCACAAAUUCACAGAUACUGAUGCUGAUCCAUACAAUAGUCGUCGAGGAUUCUUUUUCUCACAUGUAGGCUGGCUGAUGUGUAAGAAGCAUCCAGAAGUUAUUCGACAAGGAAAGAAAGUCGAUAUGAGUGACUUAGAAAAUGAUCCAUGGCUAGUAACACAAAAAAAGUACUAUAUACCUUUAGCUUUUGUUUUAAAUUUCGUCGUGCCUGUUUACCUUGGAAUCUUAUGCGGUGAAAGUUUUACAACUGUAUGGAACAGAAAUCUCUUUCGUUACAUAAUCAUUCUUAACUUUGUGUGGUGUGUAAAUUCAGUUGCACACAUUUGGGGUAUGAAGCCAUACGACAAAAAUAUAUCGCCAACAGAUUCGCGACUUGUUGGAUUUAUUGCCCUUGGAGAAGGUUGGCACAAUUAUCAUCAUGUCUUUCCAUGGGAUUACAGAACUGGUGAAUCACCAAAUUAUCGAUAUAAUCUUUCAUCAGCUUUUAUAGACUUUUGUGCUUGGAUGGGAUGGGCGACUGAGCUGAAAACAGUACCAACUGAUAUAAUCAGGAAGCGUGUGCUAAGGACUGGUGAUGGAAGUCAUCCAUAUUCCAAGGAAGUAGAAGAAAUUAAUAAUAAUAAUAAUAAUGAACAUCCAGAUAAGUUAAGAGACACUGAGCAUUUCUGGGGAUUUGGAGACAAAGAGAUGAACCCUGAGGAUAUGAAAUACGUGAAGGUGCUAUAAGUAAAGUGCAAAUAUGCAAAAAAAAUUGAUAUUCAUAUUCAUUUUAUGUGUACUUAAUAGAUUAAAUAUUUAAUUUCAUUCAUUAUAAGUUCAUUGAAUAAAUACAGGAGGUAUGGCUAGAUUACUUAAGUGA